ACGUGCAUUCUCCGAAAUCACAUCAUGCACACGCAAAAAAAUUGUCGGAAGUAGACAAAGUAGCUGCUCGGUAAACGGUACAGCUGCGCGCGCAUUUGCAUUCUCGCGACGGAAGUGCAGCGGCUGAAACCCGGAGGAAAGCGACAACGGGAUCGAAAACGAAGCGGAAUUAGUCAAUGAGAGGGAGGAGAGAGAGAGACAGGAAUCUAGUGUGUGAGACUGGGAGGCUGCUGGACGCAGGGCCGAGGUGGACGUGGCGGGUCCGGCAGGAGUUUGAAGCAGGAUCCGCUCGCGACGCGUCGACGGCCGACAGACGAGCAAUGCACGGAGAAAACGUCAGGAGCCAGGGGAGUCAUUGUUGUUCCUAACCAAGGCGAGUGGUUGCUGUGGCAUCAUUGGCGAACCCCCCUGCUCGGGAACCCAACCUUUGUCUCUGUGAAAGUAAGCUAUAAUACUCAUAACGGGUACGUUUGUCAGUCGGUGGACUAGCUUCCACCAGAAUGGCAGAGCUGGAGGCCGAAUGCAUCACUUUAGGACUAAGUAAUUUAGUGACGGAAUGCAGUUCUCCGCCCCUCGACCCCUUGCAUCCGGAGUGCACCACGCCGACGCUGACCAUGCUUUCGUCCGAAUGCAGCACGCCCACCCUCAGCUCGCUGGCUUCGGAGAUAGUGGAGCCCAUGGCCAUGCUGCCGUGCAUCAAAAGUGAGCCCGACCUCGACCCCAUCAGCACAGUGGACCUGUCUGUCAUCCAGCCCCUGAGCACGGCCGAGCUUGGCACGGAUCAGAUCAAGAUGGAGAUCAGCGGCCUCGACUACAUCAAGUCCGAGCACCACGGCGACCUCCAUUGCUUCCACAGUACGGAGCUGGACUCCUACAAGUCACACUACGAACCCAGCCUGGUGUUCGACUACAUCACCCACGUCUCCGACAGCCUGGAGUACAUCAAAUCGGAGCAGCAUUCCGACUUGCAGAGUUACUAUGCCACAGAGCUCGGCGCUCUCAAAACCGAAUACGAACCUAACCUCAUGUCCAGCCACAUCAAGACCGAGAUGAGUCUGGAGUCGAUCCACAUGGCGGAGUUGCGCUCGGAGCUCAACAAACUCCGACCGGAUACCGUCAUCGACGGUAUGGGGAAACUAGACUCGGAGUUCCCCCCGGGAAACCUUUACGAACUGACGCCCGUCGCACAAAACCACACCAGCACAAAAGGCCACGGCUCGACUCAACGCAAACCUCGCAACCUCACGGGUGAGAAGCCUUUCUCCUGCACUCAGUGUGGUAAGAACUUCAGUACUUUGGGUAACCUGAAGACUCACCAACGUAUCCACACGGGCGAAAGGCCUUACACCUGCUCCCAGUGUGGAAAGAGCUUCGGUCAGGCCGGGAACUUGAAAAGGCACCAGCUGAUCCACACGGGGCAAAAGCCUUACACUUGCGCACACUGCCCGAAGGGUUUCACCAAAGCGGACGAUCUCCGCUCGCACCAGCGACUGCACACGGGCGAGAAGCCGUUCACCUGCGCUGAGUGCGGUAAAAGCUUCGGUCAGACGAAGGAACUCAAGGCCCACCAGUUGAGCCACACUGGGGAGAGGCCGUACUGUUGCUCGCUUUGCGGCAAGAGCUUUACUAAAGAGACCAGUUACCGCAAUCACCAGCAAAUUCACACGGGCGAGAAGCCGUUUAGCUGCUCGCAGUGUGGCAAAUCUUUCAGCAAUUCAGGGGUCCUCAAAACUCACGAGAAGAUUCAUUCCGGCGAGAGACCGUACGGCUGCACCCAGUGCGGCAAAAGUUUCGGUCGAUUGGGACAUCUUAAAGCGCACCAGCAAACUCAUACGGGCGAACGGCCGUAUGGCUGCCAGCAGUGCGGGAAGAGCUUCAGCCAAUCAGGUCAUCUUAAAGCACACGAGCAAAUUCACAAACGUGAAAAACCCGAUCUUAGCAGCGGCAGCAGUCGCAGUAACGAUAGUAGCUGAACACCUCAUUAUGUCUCAAAGUAUUACUCUUUCUUUUUAUUCUCUUCGUCUUUUUUUAUAAAAGCUACAGUAUAUAUAAAUAUAUUAUAAAAUAUAUAUGUUUCAUUAUGUUUUCAUACAUUUCGUCUCUUUUUUUAUAUCUUUUUUGGGUAUAGUUUCGUGACUGAUUUUCUAUGUUUGGGAUCAGUGAGGUCACAGAGAGGUCUUUGUAUCUUGUCUGAUCUGUGUCGUAGUGAGUGACAUUCUAGUUUCUUUCCUCCAGUAAAAUACUCGUGUACACGUUUUCUUGAUAAUAUGUAAUUCCUAAACCAUGUACUGGAAUGAAUUAUUAAAGAAACUAAUGAAAACA